GGUGCUUCCCCGUUUUCAGUAGGAAAAUCCACGCCGACCAUUGACAUUAAUUUGUUUCACGCCUCCACCGGCCAUGUAAACGAAUUUUGGAUGCGUGAAACGGCCAAGCAGCAGGGCGUACGACUGGUGGGGGAGAUGCAGCCAUGUGUGGGCUGCGUGGAGGCGAAGGGCAGGCGGGCACCGGUGCCGCGGCAUGGCACCCGCUCGGCGGUACCGUUCGGCAAAGUCCACAUUGACCUCACGGACCCGCUCUCUGACGCGCUGGACGGCUCCCGGUACCUGAUCAUGUUCGUGGACAUCGCAUCGCGGUGGCAACGGGGGUACUUGAUCAUGUUCGUGGGCAGCGCAUCGCGGUGGCAACGGGGGUACGGGAUGCGGGCAAAGAGCGACACCCUGAACUUCGUGCAGCGGUUCCUCGCCGACAUGAACGGCAUGGGCACUCCGGGGUGUUUCCGCAUGGACAACGGCGGCGAGUUCACAGGCUCCGCGUUCACCUCGUUCUGCGACGCUGCUGGCAUUCGGCGCGAGUACACCGCCCCCGACACCCCCAAGCAAAACGCGGUGGUAGAGAGCGCCAUAUGGAGCGCCAUGAAGGGGGGACACGCCGCGCGCCGCCACAUCCUCGCCAUGGGCCACGUCGACCUCUCCUCCAUCCCCAACGUCGGCGUCAACGGACAUCGCCUGUGGCUCGCGUCGGCGCUGUGGGCAUCCGCUUGCUUCAACCGCUCCGCGCCGAAGGCCAACCUGGGCUGGAUGUCGCCGUUUGAGGCGUUCUUCGGCCGGAAGCCGCCCCUCACCGUCGUCCCAUUUUUCCAGGAGGGGAUGAUGCGCGUGAAGCGGGUCACGAAGGCGGACGUCCAAUCCGCGCGGUGCUUCUACCUGCACGGCGCCAACAACCACUCGACGUCUACCGCCGUCGUUCUUCGCGCUGACACCGGUCGCCUCGCCCUCACCAACAACGUCGUGUGGGUCAACCGCCGGGCAGGGGCGCCGGCGCCGGUGCCGGGCAUCGGGGGGGGUUCUUCGGUCACCGCGGCGCCCUCGCCGGCCACCGCCCCGGAUCCGAGUCUUGGAGGCCGUGGAAGCGGGGGGGCUGUGGGAGCUGGGGGGCCCGUGGAUUCUGGGGGGGGAUGGAGACCGCAGAUGUUCGCAACGAUGUUCGCCACUCGCGAGGUUGUGGACGCCGCUCUUCGUGCCGAGCGCCCGCCGGACAAGAUGCCAGACCUUCCUCACUGCCUCGCCAGCGACCUCCGAGUGCCGAAAACGUUGAAGGAGGCCAUGCGGUCUCAACAUCCAGAGUUGUGGGAUGCUGCAGUCGGUCGAGAUUUUUUCGGUUUGUUGGAUGUAGGAACUUUUAGUCCGGUGUAGCAACCAGUAGAGAACGCGAUCAAUGCCAAGUGGGUCUUCAACUGUAAGGCAGACGAGUGCGGAUGGCCGACGAA